UCUUCUUUUUUCUAACUUCCAAACUCCUUCUCAAUUUUUCUUUCUUUUUCUUCUUAUAAUUUUCUUCUUACCUUUUGUUUCUUCAAUUCUUCUCCAUAAUAACAUUGUGAGCCACAAAGGUUUUUUCUCUUUGGUUUUAAUGGACCUUACUCUUAAGCUUUCUCCAUGUGGUGAAAAUGUGGAAGAAAGGAGGUUGAUAAGGUCAUCAUCAUUGGUGGGUGGAGAGAUAGGAAGUAUUAGUGCUCCAAAUUGGUGUAGAAUUGGGUCAUCUAUAGAGAGAUCUUCAUCUCUUCCAAUUGAAAGUGGAGAGAGAAUGCUUCUAGAGAGGCAGAGAAUGGUUGCAGCUUCAGAGCUUCAUGGUCCAAGAAAUUCAUCUGGAGGAGUAAUUGCUUCUAGUUUCCAGAUAUCAACCAAACACGAAAACGAAACAACGAUUUUCCCGAAAACAACAAUCAAAGAACUUCCACUUCUGCCUAAGUCUACAAAUACUAAAUUUAAGAAUCAAACAAAAAAGCUUAAUCUCCCUAACUACUGCAGUCUCAAGGGUGAUGUAAUGGAGAAACUGAGACAAAUGCCGACCGUAACAACGACCGGAGACGGUCCAAACGGUAAGAGAAUAGAAGGGUUUCUGUACAAGUAUAGAUCCGGUGAGGUUUGCAUUGUAUGUGUCUGCCAUGGUAGCUUCCUCACACCAAAAGAGUUUGUGGUUCAUGCUGGUGGAAAGGAAGUGGCUAAUCCAAUGAAGCAUAUCACUGUUUAUCCUUUCUCAUUUUAGAGAUCAAUCUUUCUUAGAAUGUAGAGGUAAGCGAAAACAAUGAAGUUAUCUUUGAUUAGUUUAGCUUUAAUGAUUAUCAUAUCCAUUGUUCAAGUGGUUUGUGUAGAAGGAAAUCUUUAUCAAAAAAAACUAUUUGUUAGAAACUUUUA